UUUCUUCUCUCACGUUCCCAAUCUUGAAAAGCAGAAGCAGAAAGACGAAAGAAAUAUGUAAUAAUAAUCUCCCAACAAUUUUCUUUUUUUACUAAAUCAGUGAUGCUCUCAAGUUCCCUGCGUUUCCCGUCUCGUCUCCUUUCUCAGUUGAAACUACAUCGGGCUCUAGGUUCUGUUCCGGCUCCGGCAUAUAAUGAUUUCGAAGACGAGCCUUUAGAGUUCCCAUCCAAUGAUCGUAGCAAUGGCGUUCGUGUUAAUGACCAUGACGUCGAGGGCAAUGGUAAUCCCGCGGUCAGACGUAUCUACAACAUAUUUCUGAAGGAAUGUGCCGUCUCCAAGCGACUCGCUCAGGGAAGGAUCGUUCAUGGCCAAGUUACUAAGUCUCUGUUCCGCUGUGAUCUUGUUAUGAAUAACACGCUCCUCAAUAUGUAUGCCAAAUGCGGAAGCUUGGAAGACGCUCGAAAGGUGUUCGACCAAAUGCCUCAAUUAGACUUUGUCACUUGGACCACCUUGAUUUCUGGUUACUCACAGCAUGGUCGUCCCCGUGACGCGCUGCUCUUGUUUAAUCAGAUGCUCAGACACGGAUUCUGUCCCAAUGAGUUCACUUUGUCUAGCGUGGUAAAAGCUGCUGCUGCUGAGCCACGGGGAUGUUGUGGUCACCAACUUCACUGCUUUUGUCUCAAGUGUGGCUUUGAUUUGAAUGUUCACGUUGGUAGCUCUCUUCUUGACCUGUACACCCGCUAUGGUCUUAUGGAUGAUGCACAGUUGGUCUUUGAUGCUCUUGAGAACAGGAAUGAUGUUUCUUGGAAUGCGCUCAUCGCUGGCUAUGCUAGGAGAUGUGAUACGGAGAAGGCUCUUGAGCUUUUUCAACGGAUGCUUAGAGAGGGUUUCAGACCUUCUCAUUUCUCAUACUCUAGCCUCUUUGGCACUUGUUCCAGUACUGGGUUCUUGGAGCAAGGGAAAUGGGUGCACGCGUAUAUGAUUAAAUCCGGUGAAAAGCUUGUGGCUUUCGCUGGAAACACUCUUAUCGACAUGUAUGCAAAAUCAGGAAGCAUCCAUGACGCGAGAAAAAUAUUUGAUAGAUUGGCUAAGAGGGAUGUGGUGUCUUGGAACUCGCUGCUCACUGCUUAUGCCCAGCAUGGAUUUGGAAAAGAAGCAGUGUGCUUGUUUGAAGAAAUGAGGAGGGCCGGGAUUCCUCCCAAUGAAAUCUCGUUUCUCUCCGUGCUUACAGCUUGCAGCCAUUCUGGUCUUCUAGAUGAAGGGUGGCAUUACUUUCAAUUGAUGAAGAAAGAUGGGAUAAUACCCGAGGCUUCGCACUACGUCACGAUUGUAGAUCUUCUUGGGCGGGCAGGUGCUCUUGAUAGGGCGUUGAGAUUUAUCAGAGAAAUGCCAAUAGAACCCACUGCAGCCAUCUGGAAAGCCCUGCUUAAUGCUUGUAGAAUGCAUAAGAAUACGGAAUUGGGAGCUUAUGCAGCCGAGCAUGUAUUUGAACUUGACCCUGAUGACCCUGGUCCCCAUGUAAUACUAUAUAACAUCUAUGCCUCAGGUGGCAGAUGGAACGAUGCUGCAAGAGUGAGAAAGAAGAUGAAGGAAUUUGGAGUGAAGAAGGAACCUGCGUGCAGUUGGGUAGAGAUUGAGAACGCAAUCCACAUGUUUGUGGCAAAUGAUGAAUGUCACCCACAGAGGGAGGAGAUUGGUCGCAAGUGGGAAGAGAUUUAUGCAAAGAUCAAGGAGAUAGGAUAUGUGCCAGACACCAGUCAUGUAGUAGUCCAUGUGGAUCAACAAGAGAGGGAAGUGAAUUUACAAUAUCAUAGCGAGAAAAUUGCAUUGGCAUUUGCACUUCUCAACACCCCUCCUGAAUCAACCAUACACAUAAAGAAGAACAUCCGGGUUUGUGGAGAUUGCCAUUCAGCAAUCAAGUUAGCGUCAAAGGUGGUUGAGAGGGAAAUCAUUGUGAGAGAUACUAAUCGGUUCCACCAUUUUAGGGAUGGUAGUUGUUCUUGCAGGGAUUAUUGGUAGUGACGACCACUGAAGAAGAACCAGUGGCUUCUGCUGGUGUGUGUGUGUGGUUGGUGUUGUUUCUGAUCACGAUAUGCUUGCAGUUGACUCCAUCUCUGGCCGCAGCCAAAAUGAUACAAACAUGUAAUUCCAUAGUCUGCACAGUACCUAAACAUUUAACGCAGAUCAGAAACUGAUAAGUAAGACGUAUGGAAAAGUUGUUGGCGACUUGAUGACGCCUUCGUCCUCUGGUUGUCCGUGAUUCCGCCAAUUUUGAAAAUGCAGUCAGUUUCUAAAAGCUUUGUUUGCGCGCAACAAGAAUGGGAUCCUAACAAGGGAAAACGUUGUAAGCGCUGCACUGCAGAUCAAACGGGAAGCCGAGAACUCUACAUAGAGCAGAAUCCUUAAUCUGUCAUGGCAAUUCUAUUUGUUCUCUCUCAAUUUUCUGCUUCCACAAGCAAAAUUAUUAUACUUUUAGGUGUAACAUUUCUCAGACUCAGAGCUCAAAACUAUUGGUGUCUGAUAAUAUAUUUACA